GUUACGCUGGUGUACCUGGUGGGGCUGCCGGCGCUCUUUGCUGGCGUGCUGAUCGACGCACACACGUGCGACGUGCUCUCUUCCGCGCUCUUCAAACAGAGAUUCGGGUGGCUCACCGAACGAUUCACUCCCAAAUUCUGGUGGUGGCAUCUGACCAACAUAGGGUUGAGGGUGCUGCACGGCUGUAUCCUCGUGUUCCUGCAGCAGGAAACCAAGUCGCAGGUGAUAAUCAUCCUUCUCCUGCAGGCUCUCCGCAUAGCCACGCACUACAAGACCUCGCCCCUCGCCUCGCUCUCUCUGGAGUACCUGCAGGCGCUGCUCACCCUCGCCAGUUCUUCUUCACGCUCUCGCUCGUCUGCUACAACUACCUCAACCUCUCCCUCUUCUCUCAGAUCCUCUUCGGCUUCUCCUCCGCCUUCAUCCUCAUCCCCACUAUAACGCUCCUCGUUUACGACUGUGUAAACAAUCACCUCGACCUCGCAAACGCGCGCAUGCUGCACCGCGUGUGGAAAGCCGAGCGCAAGCGCCAAAAGGCCCGAUUCGAUAAAAUGGACCCCUAUGACCUGGUCCCCGCUCAAGACAUAUGCGCCUGGUUCCGCCCUCACAUCAUCUUUGCGACUCUCCUCACCAACCGAACUGAGGAGCGGCGACUGCUGCUGCGCGUUCGGGAUCGGUUCGAGACGUGCCGAUUGGUCGGUUUGGCGCCCAUGGAUUGGCUAAACCACCUGAAGAAGCCGCAGCUGUAUGCUGUGCUCGCACAGGCGCUGCUGGGGGCGAGCACUGGCCAUGUGACUGUAGCGAGGGUGCCUAAGGAUGGGUGGUUCUGCAGGGCGCAUGGCGUGUGGCAUGCCUCGGGGGAGGAAUGCCAGGGAAGGGAGAGCCUGGGGAAUGGUUCGGUGCACGGGAUGGGCCAGCAACAGAGAGGGGAUUCUUCUCCUGGUGAAUCUCAGGUGAAUGGUUUGGUGGACCAGCAGCAGCAGCAGCCACUGUUGCAGCAGCGAGGGGGAGGGAGGAACUCGUGGUAUGAGCUGGAUGAGGCUGACGUGUGGCCACCUCAGCUGGAGAGCCACGUCAUCUGGGCAUCUUCCAGCGUGGCUGCUGCUGACGUGGACAACAUGGGUGCCGCAGCAGGAGGAGGAGGAGGAGGAAGAGGGUCAGGAGGAGCAGGAUGGGAGGGAAUAGGAGGACUUGGAAUGAGAGUGGGGGGUGUGUGGGGAGUGAGAGGAGGGGCAGGAGGAAUGGGAGCAGGAGCAGGAGCGGGAGACAGUGAUACAGCAAGUGUUGAAAGCGAUAGCAGUGAUUUCAGCAGCACAAGUGGCAGUGGCGGGGGGGGAGUCCCGAGAGGUGUGGGAGGCGGGGGAGCCAUGGGUGGGCUGAGCUCUGGAGCGCUCUCUACCGCGGCCAGUAGGGCCGGGCUUGGCCUCCGUGUAGGAAUAGCAGCGGCGGCGGCAGGAGCAGGAGGAGGAGCAGCAGCAGCAGGAGGGCCGGUGCUGAGGAGAACCCCUUCUAUUCGCGUGCAGAAUCUGGUGUCGUGGGAGGAGACCCCGCAUGAAGGCAUGCCAGAGCAUGGGCCGGGGGCGGGGGAGGCCACGGGGACAGGGGCAGGGGCAGGAGAAGGGGCAGCGGAAGGGGCAGGGGCAGGGGCAGGGGCAGGGGCAGGUGUGGGGGCAGGGGCAGGUGUGGGGGCAGGCGCAGGGUCUCUAGCAACUGAAGGAGCAGGGAAUGCGGCAAGAAGAGGGGGGGGUGCUGCGAACGCCAGGGCUGGCUGGAAGGGGCUCAUGGGGGGCUGGUGGGCACGGGGAGUGCGAGUGAGUGAGACGGACGCAGCAGCAGGCACGGGUGGAGUAGCAGCAGCAGCAGCAGGAAGCGGAGAUGCUAUAGCAGGAGAGGGACGAGGUUCAGAGGUCGGUGGUGAUACAGGGGGGUCAGGAACGGGGAUGGUGGGAACAGGGCAGCAGCAGCAGCAGCCGCCACAGCAGCAGCAGCGGGGUGGGGAGCGAGGGGGCGGAGGGGAAGAGGAGUGCAUUGAGGCACGGAUGAACAUGGGCGCGCUCACCCUCACAUUCCAGAAGCACCUGGCACUGCUGGUGCGAGCUGAGAAGAUUCGCAGCAGCGACUCCCUAAGGCUGCUCCUCUGCUCCGAGUCCGUUCCGACUAUCCUCAGCUGGCUCACCAGUCCUGAGAGCACCCGGGAGGAUCAGAUGCUGCUGAGGCAGCUGCUGAUGGCGGUGCGAGUGGCGGCAUGUGAGGAGGCCGGGGGGCUGGACUGGUGGAGCGGAGUCAAGUGUUUCUACUCUAAACGAGUCAGCUUCAAGAGGGACAAAGCCGCUCCUGUGGCGUCGGCUCCCACGCCCACUCCCACCACAUCUGCCACUGAGAUGCCCAAUGCCAACCGCUAGCGAGCAAGUGCCGGGCACGCAGUGUGCGAGCCCUAGAAACUUGCUUUGCCUGCAUGCUAUCGAGUCGACUCGAAAGUCUGCAGCCAGCAAGUGCCGGGCACGCAAUGUGCGAGCCCAGCAAGGAUCCCUACGAUGGCAUGAGGAGCCUAUUCUUGAGGCGCCUCAAGAGUAGACCUGGCUCGCGGUGUGGGAGCGUGACAGGGCCCCACCCUAUCCUACCAUAGAAACCUGCUUUGCCUGCAUGCUUUUUAGUCGACUCGAAAGACAGCAGCCAGCGAGCAAGUGCCUGGCACGCAAUGUGUGUGAGCCCAACAGGUAUCCCUCCCUCCCUACCAUACAACCUUGCUUUGCCUGCAUGCUUAGAGCAGCAGAAACACUAGCUAUUGAUGGUGCAAGCUACACUGGUGCAUGGAGUGCACUGCAUGGUGCAUGUAAGCUGUAA